AUGUCAGGAAGCAUUAAAAAUGAAGAACAUCUGGAAUCGGUGUUAUCACAACUUCAUGGUCAGGAUAAUCACUUAGAAGACGAUCUAGACACAUCUAAUUCCGCACAAACGCCGUCACUAGACUUUACACGAAGCACAGAUUCAGAGUUUGAUUCCUACACUGACGGAUACGAUGAAGAUGAAGAAGAAUAUGAUAGUCUAAGUUACACUGAAGAACUUCUGAAUGCCCAAUACCAAUGGGAGCAGUCUCUAGAACAAUUGAAACAGGUUGUAAACUGGCUUCUGCUGCCUCUUAUGGGUAGGUUUCUUGGGCGAAGAAUGGCAGGAGUUUUAUGGAGAAGUUUCAUGUCAUGGUGGUGGUCAAUUUAG